UCCAGUUCCGGUUAUCCCUUUUUCCAUGUGUAAUAUCCAUUGUCCUGUAUCUUUUUAACUAUAACUUUCAAGAAAUUGUUAUAAAUUUAGUCAGGACCGUGAUAAACUAUCAGACCUUUGAAAUCACAUAGUCACGCGCUUUAUUAUUAUUAGCUAACAGCUGACAAGUUAGCUAACAUUCAGAGCUCCUGCACACCUAGCUUCAGUUAUCAAUUCAGUUCAGUGGAAGUGUCGGAGCUCUCAUCUGGAAAUAGUAAGCAGUUUACGCUUUAUUUGUUUUUAUGGGAGGCUAUUUAGCGUUUCGACACAUGACAUUAACGAAUAUUUUAAAUGGGAUGCAGUAUGCAAGAGUCUUGUAGUCUGUAAAUACAUUUGAACCCAUCUUUGACUUCUCUCAGUAUCUUGAUCAUGUUAACUCCAUGUGUGAGACACGUCGUGUCGCGACGUUUAUCCAGACACUGCACCGUGGGACGCUACAGCACAUCGCUGACUGAGGGUUUGGACCAAAUCCAGACGUUAUUGCAGCUCUGCGUGGACAGAUACUAUAUUUCCCCUGGUGCGAUUAACAUGCAGCUGUUUCAACGUGGGUUUUCCUGCAACUAUGGACCUCUGGGCAUGGAGCUGAAGAGAAACCUGCUGAAUCAGUGGUGGCUUUCAGUGACCGGCUCCAGAUCGCAGGUGUUUGGGAUAAAUACCCUGAACAGUAGCGAAGAGCGAGCAGCUCAUGGACUGAGGAUUGUUGACUCUGAACAUUUGCAGCGAAUACUUGAACAACAUGACCUGAGCAAAGAGCAGCUCAUUCAUGAAGCCUGCAAGCUGCUGCAGAGUUCUCCAUAUGCGAGGACAAACUUACUUCAAGGUGCCUUGGAGCAGUUUGUGCCCUCAUUAGAGCUGGUGAAGAGGAAGCUACCAUUUGGCCUGGCAGAGACGGGGCUGUGUUUCCAGCCUUCAGAUGGUUCUGGUUGCUCAGCUGAGGUCACUGAGACAUCUCUGGUUUGGUUCUGCUCCCCUCGCACGUCUUCCCAGUGGCUGGAUCACUGGACACGACACAGGCUGAAGUGGUGGCGAAAAUUUGCCCUGAGCCCGUCAGACUUCAGCAGCAGCGAGGUCCCACAGGAGGAGCUUGAGGAGGCAAAAGUCCGUGGAGUGAAGAUCUUGUACAACUUCCCGUGGGGACAGGAGACCCUGGAGACACUGUGGAGCCGAGGAAGCACAGAGCUGCUGCACACACACAACGAGGCCCGCUCCAAACUGCAGUGCCGAGAUGGACGGAAGUCAAUUCCUCAUGUUGUGUCUGUUAGCGCAAACAUGGACCGUGGCAUGAAGGCUUUUCUAUCCAACUCACUUCAGCAGCUCAAGAGAGAAGACGGCAAACAGAAGCUGCAACAGAGAAAGGCUCUGAAGUUGCACCCAGUGUUGACUCCGGUCAAAGUGGCUCUUGACAUUUGGAGAGGAGCCACCAUGGAAUUGAGGCAGGUGUGUGAAGGCCUUCUACAGGAGUUCCUGGUGGCUAAGAUCUUUACAUGGCCUGGAUAUCUUGAAACUCUGCCAACAUCAGUGGAGCAGCUCAACACCAAAUACGAUGAGAUGGGAGUCCUGUUCACUGUGGUAAUCAGUGAGAAUACGUUGGAGAGCGGCCUCCUUCAAGUCCGCAGCAGAGACACCACCAUCAAAGAGACCAUGCACAUCUCAGAAAUCAAGAAUUUUGUAUCCAGAUACAUUUCUGCAGCUGACAACAUAUGAAUGGAAUUUUGUUAAAGGGACCUUUUUUGUACAAAGCAUUUGAUCACACAAAUAAAUGCUUCCAAACUGAAUAAAAUCUGUGAAUUUUUAUGUAUGCAUUUAGGUAAUUGUUGCUCACAGAUGGACUUGUUUUUAGAGCACAGACUAUUGUGAAUAGGAUUGUUUUCUUUACUGUUUCAUUAAAACCAUUCCGAUAACUCUACAUAAUUAUAUGUAUAUGUCACAAAAGCUACACAGGAACUUAUUGCGGCAUUAUGCAUUGUUUUAUUCCUUGUUUUUGCUCCUGCGUUAUCACUAUCACUUUAUUUGAUAAUUUAAUAAAACAGUGCAGCAUUGUGUUUCUCCUGGGA